AUGGGAUUUGAUGAUUGUUAUCUGCUUGAUAUUGCAAAGUGCAGACAUAUUCCCAUUAGUGGUUGGAGAAAAGGCAAAAAAAUAUGGUCAUCUCAAGAUUCGAACUUAAUAGACUCGACAAUCGAUAUUGUUUCGACGACAAAGGUUUUGCACUAUAAACAUCAAAUUCACUUUGGAAUGUGUCGUUCAACCUAUCAUUCCUCCCAUUCUAGGAGGUGGUAUCAACAUCGUGAUUCCUCCGAAUGUAGAUAUAGACCUGAGUGUAACUACGGUGGACAAAGAAAACGCGUAUUGGGAUUUCAACUUGGUUUGAUAAGACCGGGAAAAACCUUUGUCAAAGUUGUUAUAGAAGUUGGAAAAGAAGUCAUUCUAAACAUACGCACAACGCCAAAAGACGCACGCUUCCCGAAGACUUACAAAAAUAAGCCACCUACUUCGUAUCUUGUGCUUCAACCAAAGAGAUCUCAACAUUAUCCGGAUUUUUGGAAGAUAAAUUGGUCAAGUACUCGUCACCACCCCACACUGGCCGCAGAGACAGUUCUAGGUCAAGAGAUACUGAAGCAACAAAUCCUCAAUAGGCUGAGAGCAACAAAUAUAAAUGUGGUUCCAAGGUUAUACAUCGUGAUUCCUCCGAAUGUAGAUAUAGACCUGAGUGUAACUACGGUGGACAAAGAAAACGUAGUUGCUUAUUGU